UCUCAUUGAAAUUCCUUCCACUUUGCUUCCAGAACUUCCACUCACCUCUGCCUCAGCCUCAGGUAGGUGCCCUCGAAGCCAAGAUGAAGCCAUCAUGCAGGACUGCCGCCCUGGUCCUGGCCCUAGCACUGGCACCUCCUGCUCUGGCUCGAAGAGACCCGACCAUCUACGACAGGAAGACAAAUCUACCACAUCUUGCGAAGCGUGUGCCGCACUCCUCGCCCGCCAACGCCGGCACCGUCUUCACCUCUGCAUCGACUCCCGUGAUCAACCAGACCGAGGCUGUGAAGCGCUUCACUGUCAAUGGCAGUGCAAUUCCGGAAGUGGACUUUCAUAUCGGCGAGUCAUACGCUGGUCUCCUGCCCAUUGGUCCAGGCCAGGACGUCAGCGAGCUAUAUUUCUGGUUCUUCCCCACCCCCAAUCCUGCAGCCGAUGAUGAGAUCGUCAUCUGGCUGAACGGAGGGCCAGGAUGCAGUAGUCUGGAGGGAGUGCUUCAAGAGAAUGGGCCGUUCUCGUGGCAGUACGGAACCUUCAAGCCAGUCAAGAACCCUUGGACCUGGGUCAAUCUCACGAAUGUGGUGUAUAUUGAGCAGCCCGCCGGUACAGGCUUCAGUCCGCAAAAGGGCACAACACCAGCUACAGAUGAGAUCGAGGUCGCAAAACAAUUCCUGGGCUUCUGGAAGAACUUUGUAGAUACCUUUGGACUGCAGAACCGCAAGGUGUACAUUACCGGCGAGAGCUAUGCCGGCUACUACGUCCCAUACAUUGCAGAUGCUAUGCACAACGAGACGGACAGCGAGUACUACAACGUGGAGAGCAUCAUGUUCUACGAUCCAUCGCUGACUUACCACGUCGUUCAAGGAGACAUACCAGCGUUGCCAUUUGUGGAGCACUGGCACAAUCUCUUCAACUUGAAUCAAAGCUACAUGCAAGAACUGACGAAACGCCACGAGGACUGCGGCUACAAGCAGUUCAUGGAGGAAGCCUUCGUGUUUCCGCCUACAGGUCCUCUGCCAACACCGCCAGACGUUGACCAGCAGAAUGACACAUGCCGCAUCUUCAACGACAUCACAGAUGCUGCCAUGCUUGUCAAUCCUUGCUGGGAUGUCUACCAGGUUGCCACGACUUGUCCUCUGUUAUGGGAUGUGCUCGGUUUCCCUGGCUCGUUUGACUACCUCCCAGAAGGUGCCAGCAUCUACUUCAACCGCACCGAUGUGCAGAAAGCUAUCAAUGCGCCCAUUGGUGACUGGGCGGAGUGUUCGGACGGCGUUCUGUACGCGGAUCUCAGCCCUCCUUCUGCACUCAGUGUUCUUCCCCGAGUGAUCGAGAAGAACAAGAAGACCAUCAUUGCUCACGCUGAACUGGACAUGAUCUUGAUCAAGAACGGAAGCAUUGUUGCCAUCCAGAAUAUGACGUGGGGAGGUGCCCAAGGAUUCUCCAAGGGGCCAGACCAGUGGAACGACUUUUACAUUCCAUAUCACACCGAAUUUAGCCCUUCGACAUUGGCAGCCGCUGGUAACUUUGGAAAGUGGCACACUGAGCGUGGAUUGACGUUCUGCACGGUCGAGUUAUCUGGACACAUGGUGCCUCAAUAUGCGCCCUCGGCUGCUUACAGGCAGCUCGAGUUCCUCCUGGGCAGGAUCGACAACCUGGGCGAGGUCAGCGACUUCACGACGCAGAGCGGCGACCUUGGGAAUCAUAAUUCUUCCAUGGCGCUGUUCUAGAGAAGCGGCGGUACAUGCACUGUCGAGAAGAUGACUGCAUGUCUUGCGAUUGUGUAUAUCAUGAGAUCAACGAGGAGAUCAAUGUAGGAGGUACCUGUAGCUCUCUCAAGUGGAAACAGAUGCGGCCCAGCUGGACGCGAAAGUAACGCGGUGCCAAGGUGCCCAUUUCUUCAGGUAAUACUAAUUCACGUACUAUGAGCCUAUGAGGUAUGUAGCUCAAUAGGUACAUUACCUGUAAUAUAUACAUGGCCGUGUAUAUAAAUGAGGUGCCUCAUAUCAUGUAUC